UGAGACGUUCGAUCAUUUGGAUGUGAAACUAGACAAAUAAUCGUGUUUUUGUUUUUGUCUGAAAAUGAAACAAAUCAUAUCAUUUUUAGUGAUAGUGCUGACAUUCCUCGCUAGUUCCACCAGUUCUUUCGAGUGCGGCCAGCGAAAGAUCACCUUCUCCGGCUACUGGCCCUGGAAGGUGGCCGUUUACCAUCGGAAAGGUUCCUCCCGGGACAGUUACACCUGCGGGGGAACUCUCAUCAGUGAAACGUUCGUGCUGACGGCAGAUCGGUGCGUUCAGAGUGAGGACGGCGACGGUCGUCAAAUGUUCGUUCGUAUGGGAGUUCGGAACCUGCAGGAACUGGAUCCGAACGGCUUCCAGCAGCACGGAGUACGGGAGAUUCAUCGCGUUGAUAGGGCUACCGGUUUGGGGAGUGACGUUGCACUGCUGGAGCUGGACUCGGAGGUGGAGUUCACGGAGUAUGUUCAGCCAGUUUGUUUGAACUUGGCGGAGGAGUUGCUUGAGCAGGUGGGGAGUUUCGUGAGCUGGGGUGAUGAAUCUUCGGGUUUGAAGAGCUCGAUAUCCGAGGUAAUCAGUGAUGAAGAAUGUCUUAGAAGUGAUCUUCAAGUAUAUGAAAAAGUGCGGGGUAGUAGCAUGUUUUGUGUUGGAUUCAAGACUGAGACCACACUUUGUAACAGCGAUGCUGGAUCGGGAAUUUAUUUCAAAAGAAAGGGAGUCUGGUUCAUGGGAGGAACGUUGUCAGCACGAGAUUCCGGUUCUUCAUGUAGCGCAAAAAGUAACGCUGCUUUCAACAAUAUUGAGAACUUUGUCCCAUGGAUUCGUAACGUGACCAAAAUUCAGUAUUCGACUGAGAAAUUAGAUAGCAUCCCAUGCACGACUCCAACCAACAAGCCAGGAAUGUGCGUCCGGAUCGAACAGUGCCAAAACAUCUACAAAAUCAUUACGAGUCCAACCCCACAGCCAAAGUACAAAUACUACAUCAAACAGGCAACCUGCACCCAACCGGGCGUUUCUCGAAGCAUUUGUUGUCAACUCACGGAGAUUGAAUCAAAGCAUUCAACUACGACCGUAACUAUCCCAGAGCUUCUACCCCGCAAUUGUGGCAAAUAUUUGACCAACAAAAUCAGCCGGGGAUCGAACGCAGAUCUGAUGGAGUUUCCCUGGAUGGUCUGGUUGAUCUGGAAGAACAAAACUAGCGGAAGGCAGUUUGUAUUCUGUCAUGGAUCGCUGAUCAACAAACGUUACGUCUUGAGUAGUGCCUGGUGUGUCAACGAUGAUUCUUCAAUUCUUCAACAGGUCAGACUUGGAGAGUACGAUCGUCGCCAAGAUCCGGACUGUAACGUGAACGAUCCCAAAGAUUGUGCUCCCCCGGUUCGAGAUUACGACGUUGAAAGCUUCGUUGGACAUCCGGAUUUGGACGACGAUGCAGCUAGGAAUGAUAUCGCGUUGAUUCGACUCAAGACCGACGUCACAUUUGAGGAUCACAUCCAGCCGGUUUGCCUGCCGGAUACCCAAUCGAAACCAAACGAAUACAUCAUAUCCGGCUGGGGUGCAACGGUGAAAAACGGUGAUUGGGCUAGAAUUCUUCAGAAGGCUACGGUUCCUGCGGUAGAUCAUUCCGAAUGUCGGACAGCGUUCGGAGCGAAUCCGGAGUAUCACAUCGGACCGGGAGUUUUGUGCGCUGGCCGGAAUGGAACCUCAAACGUAUGCACGGAUGAUAACGGAAGUCCGCUGGGUUAUCCGGUGCGGAGUGACGGGGGUAUUCGGUUUGUCCAGUAUGGGAUUACGUCGGUUUUUUCUUGCGGAGCUAACUAUCCAUCGAUCUAUACUGAUGUUAGCUUCUACAUGGAUUGGAUUGUGGACAAUAUGGAGUUGUAGAAUGAAUUAAAACAAAUUUUUAAACGUUAAACUCGCACAAAAAAGUACACUUUAUUCGCACACUCAGUUUACUUGCCACGAAUAAACUUGCGAAUGUUUGCUGUUCCAUUACUAUA